CUCGCGGAGCGCAUUCAACGCUCCAGGUACCCCGCCUGGGCUCGAGACCAGAACUGUUUGGACUUAACAGUCCGUGGACCGCCGGAGUCCGGGAGUCCGGUGACCGGGCAGUGGUCUGGGACAAGGGCGGGGCCUAGAAGGCGGGCCGGGGAGUGGGCGAAGCCUCCGCGCCGUCCCUGCCAUGUGGCACCCGCUGGUCCUGCUGCUUCUGCUCCCCUCUGUCUCCGUGCCCCCCUCUACUGCAGCUCCAAUCCGCGAUGCUGAAGGCCAGGAUAACUCCUCGGCUUUUCUGGGCCUCCGGAGCAUACUCCGAGGCUUCAGCCAACUUUUUCAGAAAGAUGACCUGCUUCGAAAUUUGGACAACUUCUUCUCUGCCCCCAUCGACUUCCGUGGCCUCCCGAGGAACUACCACCAAGAGGAGAACCAGGAGCGCCAGCUGGGGAACAACACCCUCUCCAGCCACCACCAGAUCGACAAGGUGACUGACAACAAGACAGGGAAGGUGUUGAUCUCCGAGAAGGUGGUGGCCUCCAUCAAACCGGCAGAUGGGAACUUGGAGGGUGACUGGAAGUUUCCUGAGGUGGAGGAGAAGGAGGCCCCGGCCCCUUUGCAGAGGUCCAUGGACAGCUUGCAAGGCAAGAGCCGCCACCGGGUGGCCUUCUGGAUCAUGAAGCUGCCCCAGCGCAGGUCCCACCAGGACACCCAGGAGGGCGGCCGUUGGCUGAGCGAGAAGCGCCACCGGCUACAGGCCAUCCGGGAUGGACUCCGCGAGGGGACCCAUGAGGACACCCUGGAAGAUGGGGUCCAGCGCUUCCCCCACUCCAGGCUGCCCGACCACAGGGCCCACUUCGUGUACAUCCUCAGACCCUCCCAGCACCUAUAGUGGAGGGGACCGGGGAGCCCCUGCCCCCAGCACCAUAUGGGAAUAAAGUGUUUUCCUAUAUCUA